GACAUAGAAGAUUUCAUCCAGUUAUCUACAGAACAUGGUGUUGUGGUUUUUUCCCUGAGGUCCAUGGUGGGUAGCAUAACAGAAGAAAGGGCCAAUGUGAUUGCAGCAGGCCUUGCUCAGAUUCCACAGAAGGUUCUGUGGAGAUUUGAAGGCAAGAAGCCAGAAACCUUGGGCUCCAACACUCGUCUGUACAGAUGGAUCNCCCAGAAUGACNUUCUAGGUCAUCCUAAAACCAGAGCUCUCAUAACUCAUGGUGGCACCAAUGGCAUCUAUGAGGCGAUCUACCAUGGGAUUACUGUGGUUGGCAUUCCUUUGUUUGGAGACCAAUUUGAUAACAUUGUUUGCUUGAAGACCAAAGGAGCGAUUAGACUGGAUUUUCUCACAAUGUCUGAUAUAGACUUGCAUACUGCACUGAAGACAGUCACAAAUGACCCUUCCUAUAAGGAGAAUGCCAUGCAGUUAUCAAGAAUUCACCAUGAUCAGCCAGUGAAGCCCCUGGACAGAACAGUCUUCUCGAUUGAGUUUAUCAUGCAUCACAAAGGAGCCAAACAUCUGCGUGUGGCAGCCCAUGACCUCAGCUGGGUCCAAUACCACUCUCUGGAUGUGCUUGGGUUCCUGCUAGCCUGUGUGCUGACUGUGAUAUUUAUCCUCAAAAAGCAUUGCCUCUUUUGUUGUCAGAGGUUGACUAAAGCUGGAAGGAAGAAGAAAGGGGAGUAG